CUCCUUUGGGACCCAGCCCUUGGAAGAAUUGGUAGGCACAGGUUUAGUAUCUGGGGACUGGGUGGCCCCAAAUCGCUCACCUUGCAAGGAUCAAGGGGCACGCGUAUUACUGCAGCCUCUCGGUGUGUGGAGACCAUUCAUCCAGACUGGGUGCUGCGGAGCAGGAGGGAACCCAGGGGCCCUGCAGCGCCGGCCCGGGGAACUGAACUCCCCGCAGAGCAGAGCAUGAUCACACUCCUGCCGCUGCUGCUGGGCCUCAGCCUGGGCUGCACGGGAGCAGGCGGUUUUAUGGCCCAUGUGGAAAGCACCUGCCUGUUGGAUGAUAAUGGGACUCCAAAGGACUUCACAUAUUGUGUCGCCUACAACAAGGACCUGCUGACCUGUUGGAAUUCAGAUGAGGAGAGAAUGGAGCCUUGUGAAUUUGGGACCCUGAAUAUGUUGGCCGUCUCUUUGUCCAAUUAUCUCAACAACAAUACAAACCUGCUCCAGCGCUUGCACAAUGGACUCCAAGACUGUGCCACACACACCCAGCCCUUCUGGGGGUCACUGACCCAGAGAAAAAAACCACCAACGGUGCAAGUGGCCCAGACCACUCCUUUUAACACCAGGGAGCCCGUGAUGCUGGCCUGCUACGUGUGGGGCUUCUACCCUGCUGAGGUGACCAUCACGUGGAUGAAGAAUGGGCAAGUGGUCACCCCUCACAGCAGUGUCCAGAAGAUUGCCCAGCCCAACGGAGACUGGACGUACCAGACUAUCUCUCGUUUAGCCUUAACCCCCUCUUAUGGGGAUGUCUACACCUGUGCAGUGGAGCACUCGGGGGCUUCUGAGCCCAUUUAUGUGGACUGGACUCCUGGGCUGUCCCCUGUGCAGAAAGUGAAGGUUUCCGUGUCUGCGGUGGUUCUGGGCCUGGGCAUCAUUAUCUUCUCUAUCGGCUUGGUCAGCUGGCGGAAGGCAGUACCCUCCAGCUACACUCCCCUCCCUGGAUCCACUUAUCCUGAAGGAUGACACGCUUCCUAGAGGCAGAGUCCUACAACUUCUACUCCAAGUGAGAAAGAAAUUCAAACUCUUAAUGAUGCUACCAUGCACCUCUCCCCAUCUGCAAUCUCCCAUAUAUUUUGGAUCCUAAAGUUCCCCUUCCCAAUUUUUUGAAUGUCCUCACUCCCCCUGUGUAAAUUGUAGCAACACAUUCCUGGGAAUGAGUUCCCCUACAUUAGUGUUCAAGCUUGUGUUUCUGGGGUGAAUAUAAUCAGGAGAGAGCUCUCCUGAGGGCCCCACUGUGCCAUAGAGGACAGAAUCGCUGGUGAGCAUUCCUGAGAAAUAAACUCUGGAGGAAUUGUU